CCCCUCAAAACCAUAUGCUUUCGUUCCUUGUUUUCAUUUUAAUAUUACCAAAGAAAAUAUCAACAUAUCUCUAUUUAUGUCUCUUUCAACUGCUUCCGUAUUUUAUUUUCUUUCUCUCCCGCCAUUCAUUUUGACUACCAUAUCUUUCCAACUCAACAAUUUUCUGCAUCUGCUCUCUCUAUUUGUAGAGCGCGUUUCGAUUUCGCGCCCCUGCACACUACAUCUGCUCAUCAUUUCUUAGUUUCACUUAUCUCAAUCGAAUCGAGGAGGAAUUUGGUUGUAUUUUGCUCUUCAAUGGAUUUUCCUCUCUCCAGAGGGGCGAAUUUCGUGGGGAAAAUCGUGCUGGCGAGUCUGCUUGCAAGUUUACUUCUGAGGUGUGACGCUCAACUUCUGCCUGAGGAUGAAGUUCAAGUUAUUCGAACAAUAUUUACAAAGAUAGGCAACACUUAUUGGAACUAUCUUAAUCGAAGCUCUUGCAAUGGUGGAUUUAACCAGACCAUUUUGGGGGAUGAUGUAUUCAGCGGCGUAGCGUGCAACUGUUCCUUUAAUAGCAAUACCAUGUGCCAUGUAACUCACAUCGAAUUGAAGGGUCUCAACUUGACUGCAAGUUUGCCUGUGGAGUUUGUAAAUCUCACUCAUCUGCAAGAAAUAGAUCUUGCCCGAAAUUACCUCAAUGGAUCAAUUCCUAGAGAAUUUGGCCAGCUUAAAGUUGUCACAUUGUCACUUCUUGGAAAUCGUAUUAGUGGUAGAAUCCCAAAUGAAAUUGGAAACAUUGCCACACUAGAAGAGCUAGUUUUGGAAAAUAAUCUGCUCGAAGGAAAUCUGCCAGAAAACCUUGGAAGUUUGAGCAAUUUGAAGAGGCUCCUGCUUUCUGCAAAUAAUCUCAAUGGAACUAUACCAGAGACAUUUGGAUAUCUAAGGAACUUGACAGAUUUUAGGAUAGACUCGAACACAAUGUCAGGGAAAUUUCCUGAAUUUAUUGGAAACUGGACCCGAAUUGAGAGACUAUUCAUGCAAGGGACGUCAAUGGAGGGUCCUAUUCCUGCAGCGAUAUCCCAAUUUAAAAACUUGACAGAUCUGAGGAUAAGUGAUGUCAAAGGAACUGCCAUGAGUUUCCCCAAUUUGCAGAACAUGACAGUCAUGCGAAAUUUGAUCUUAAGAAAUUGCUCAAUUAAUGGUACAAUCCCACCAUACUUAGGAGACAUGACUCAAAUAGACUCUCUAGACCUCAGUUUCAAUAUGUUGAAUGGUGAGAUCCCAGUCAGCUUCCAAGACCUAACGAGAAUGAGAUACAUGUUCUUGUCUCACAACUUGCUAACUGGAGCAAUACCUGGUUGGAUGUUGACUAGCAGGCAAUAUAUGGAUCUUUCUUACAACAAUUUCACAGAAUACCCUACUGCAAUUGGCUGCCAGUUUUCAACUGUAAACUUAGUUGCAAGUCAUUCAACUUCAUCUAGCAAUUCGGUCUCGUGGUGUUUGAAACAAGACCUUCCAUGCCCCAGUAGCGCCAACCAUCACACACUAUUCAUAAAUUGUGGAGGAGAAAGAGUUAGCUUUGAAGGAAAUGUAUACGAGGAGAACGUAGUUGAUGUAGGCCCUGCGCACUUCGAAUCUAAUGAUAGAUGGGGAUAUAGCAGCACGGGGACGUACUCUCAAACUGACAGUGGCAGAUUUGUUGCAAGAAACAAUACUCCACUGUCACCCCCGGAUGCACCAUAUUAUGAAACAGCUCGUCUUUCCCCUUCUUCACUAAAAUAUUAUGGACUUUGCAUGCGCAGUGGUAGCUAUAAAGUGCGUCUUCAUUUUGCUGAGAUAAUGUUUUCUGAUGACUCCACCUUUAGCAGCCUCGGAAGAAGGAUAUUUGAUGUGGCAAUACAAGGACAGGUGGUUUUGACAGACUUUAAUAUUGCAGAGGAAGCUAAGGGUGUUAGGAAAGGUAUUUUUAGAGAUUUCAAUGUCAAUGUGAAUGGUAGCACAUUGGAGAUCCAUUUAUACUGGACUGGAAAGGGGACAACUGCCAUUCCUGACAGGGGUGUAUAUGGACCUCUGAUAUCUGCAAUUGCUGUGACGCCAAAUUUUAGCGUUAGUACAGGUGGGGGGCUCUCCACUGGAGCUAUUAUUGGGAUCGUUAUAGCUUCAGUCGUUGUCUUUGUGCUGUUGCUAUUACUUGUUCUCUGGUGGAGAGGUUGUUUCCGAGAAAAAGACUACGGAGAUAGUGAACUUAAAGGACUUGAUCUAUUAACUGGGAAAUUCACUUUAAGACAAAUGAAAGCUGCGACAAACAACUUUGAUAAUGCUAACAAGAUCGGUGAAGGAGGAUUUGGGUCUGUGUAUAAGGGUACCCUCUCUGAUGGCACCGUAAUUGCAGUUAAGCAGCUCUCGGCUAAGUCAAAACAAGGAAAUCGGGAAUUUGUCACUGAAAUCGGCAUGAUAUCUGCCUUAGAACAUCCCAACCUUGUUAGGCUCUAUGGCUGUUGUAUAGAAUCAAACCAGUUGCUACUGAUCUAUGAAUACCUGGAGAACAACUGUCUUGCUCGAGCACUCUUUGGUAAACCGGAACAAAGAUUGGACAUAAACUGGGCAACAAGAAAGAAGAUAUGCAUAGGAAUUGCAAAGGGGCUUGCAUAUCUCCACGAAGAAUCUAGGCUGAAAAUCGUCCAUAGAGACAUAAAGGCCACUAACGUUCUUCUUGAUAAAGAACUCAACGCCAAGAUAUCGGAUUUUGGUCUGGCGAAACUUGAUGAAGAGGAGGAUACUCAUAUCAGCACGCGUAUUACUGGAACUGUAGGUUAUAUGGCACCCGAGUACGCGAUGAGGGGCUAUCUCACAGACAAAGCUGACGUUUACAGCUUUGGAAUCGUGCUGCUGGAAACCGUCAGUGGAAAAAGCAACACUAACUAUAGGCCGAAAGAGGAGUUUGUGUACCUUCUUGAUUGGGCAUACGUGCUACACGAGCAAGGGAGUCUUCUGGAGCUCGUGGACCCGAUUCUUGGUUCAGACUACUCGAAGAAGGAGGCACUCCGGAUGCUAAACUUGGCGCUGCAGUGCGCGAACCCCUCCCCGACUCUAAGACCUUCCAUGAGCUCAGCAGUGCGCAUGCUGGAAGGCAAGAUCCCGGUUCAAGCUCCAAUUGUGAAGAAGAGUGGAACCGACGAGGACAUGAGAUUCAAAGCGUUCGAGAUACUGUCACAGGAUAGCCAAAGCCGCGCGACGACACAGUCAGAGGAGAGCAGGGAGCAGAGGGGUGUCUCAAUGGAUGGACCAUGGGUUGAUACCUCCACUUCCAUAACUAAAAAUGAAAGUAUGGAUCAUUCUUCAGGAGCUAUGCUUCUUCCACCAGAUCUUUAGGUUAUAUGAUUUGUUGAUCAAAACAUAUAGUAGUAUAUUUAUACUACUUGUUUAGCUAAUUGUUUUGUCAGUGUCUGUCCUCCCUCUCUCUUUUUAAAAAAAAAAAAAUAUUUGUUUUUUGUGUGUGGAGAGAUCGUACUAUUCGUGUGAGGUUCAUGACAUUCCUUCAUAAUAUAUGGUUUCAAGUUUGUAUAGAAA